GCCGAGUGUUUUAAGGUUAUAUGUCUGUUGCCUCCUCGUUCGACCCAGCACAUUUCUCAAGGCAACUGGAUCCUUCUACAAGUCUAUUAAAAGGACAUCUGAGGAAAAUAGAAACAUGAGCUUAAUAUUUGUAGAAAUCGCUUCUGAAGCGAUGGUAGAUGUUUUUGCUAUAUGAAGGCAAUUAAAAUGAAACACUGACACGCUUGCACUCAACAAAAUUGUUGCUUUGCUGAAGUAUUGACUAUUUUUUUUUUCUAAGUGUAAGUCUUGAUCGUGUAUAUAUGUUGCUUUUUCAUUGUCGGUUUAAAGCAGCCAUUAUUACCAUGUGUCGCAAUUCGCAAAAUAGCUGCUUGGCCUGGAGUCCUGACCUGUUCGAGUAGGUCGGGAUUAGCCAAUGCUGAAUAUAAAAGGUCUCACCCUAGUGUGCUCCAGGCUUCGGCUUGGAGGUCCCAACCGCCAAAAUUGAUCCCAGCAGCUGGAGCGGCAGCGAAAGUCCUGCCGAGGACAUGGAGAGGAUGAGCGACUCGGCCGAGAAGCCCAUAGACAACGACGCUGAGGGUGUGUGGAGCCCUGACAUCGAGCAGAGCUUCCAGGAAGCGCUCGCCAUCUACCCACCCUGUGGCCGUCGUAAGAUCAUCCUCUCUGAUGAAGGCAAGAUGUACGGUCGGAACGAGCUGAUUGCCAGAUAUAUCAAACUGCGGACUGGGAAGACGAGGACGAGGAAGCAGGUGUCUAGUCACAUACAGGUCUUAGCAAGAAAGAAAGUUCGUGAAAUCCAAGCCGCCAUCAAGGUAGGUCUGACUCCGCCCCCCGUCGUGGGGGUGGGGGAUUUCAUCACUAUGGUUACAGGCUGUGUUUUUCCUUUGUCUUCCCUCCCCCGCUCCCUGACCCCACAGGUGUCUAGUCACAUUCAGGUUCUUGCCCGGCGGAAAUCUCGCGAGUUUCAUUCCAAGCUAAAGGUGACGAGCAUGGAUCAAACCGUGAAGGACAAAGCCCUCCAGAGCAUGGCAUCCAUGUCCUCAGCACAGAUCGUCUCCGCCACGGCUAUCCACAACAAGCUAGGCUUGCCAGGCAUCCCUCGACCCGCCUUCCCUGGAGCGGCUGGGUUUUGGCAGGGCAUGAUAUCCACGGGACAGCCAGGAUCCUCACAAGACAUCAAGCCGUUUGCGCAGCAGGCCUACCCUAUACAGCCCGCCGUCACUACAGCAAUUUCAAGUUACGAGUCCACAGCAGCACCAGCACCCACAGUACCAGCGUGGCAGGGCCGCUCCAUCGGCACCAGCAAGCUCAGGCUGGUCGAAUUCUCGGCUUUUCUGGAGCAGCAGAGGGAGCCGGACUCAUACAACAAGCACCUUUUUGUACACAUCGGUCAGACAAAUCACUCCUACAGCGAUGCCCUGCUGGAGUCGGUGGACAUUCGUCAAAUUUAUGACAAAUUCCCAGAGAAGAAAGGAGGACUGAAGGAGCUUUUUGGAAAAGGGCCUCAGAAUUCCUUCUUCCUCAUAAAGUUCUGGGCCGACUUGAACUGCAACGUUCAGGAGGAAACCGGGGCCUUUUAUGGUGUCACCAGCCAGUAUGAGAGCCCGGAGAACAUGACCAUCACCUGCUCCACUAAAGUCUGCUCAUUCGGCAAACAGGUGGUGGAGAAAGUGGAGACGGAAUACGCUCGCUUCGAGAACGGCCGCUUCGUGUACCGGAUAAGCCGCUCUCCCAUGUGCGAAUACAUGAUCAACUUCAUCCACAAGCUCAAACACCUGCCUGAGAAGUACAUGAUGAACAGCGUGCUAGAGAACUUCACAAUCCUAUUGGUGGUCACAAACAGAGACACACAGGAGACCCUGCUGUGCAUGGCGUGUGUGUUUGAGGUGUCGAACAGCGAGCACGGCGCUCAGCAUCACAUCUACAGACUGGUGAAAGAAUGAAGCUCGUGCCAGCCAGCAGAUCUGUCCUAUAGACUCUGAACCUCAAUAAAUAAAAAAAAAAAUUAAAAAAAAGUGGCAGUGCCUCUAGUUCAACACUCACCCGCAGCGAUUCGAGCUCUCAUCCGGGUGACGCUUAUUGUUAUUAUUAUAUAUUUUUUUUCUUUCAGUCCUUAUUAAUGUAUAUGUGUUCGAUGUUUUGACUGCAGCUGUGAAUCACGGUACAGUUGUAUUAUGUUUUGAUACAGGAAAGAAUCAUUUUAAAGGAAGCCUAAUCGACUUUUCUCUGUAGGUUGUGUGUAUAUAUAAAGUGGCAGUAUGAGUAGACUUCGAAGUUGGCCUGAAUUAGAUUAAAUCUGGCCGAGAAAGACAAUGUUCUAGGUUUUAAUCCUAUUAUAAUUAAUGUACACCUUAAAAACAGAUUUAGCCUUUAGGUUCAUAUAAAACAUACCGUCUAUGAAUGUGUACGUGUCUGUGUAUAAAUCUAUAUACCCACAUACCUGUAGUCUUUCCAAAGAUUCAAAAAGUAUUUCAUUUUGGAACAUUUGGUUGAUUAUAGAGGAAUAACUCUCGAGGCCAUCGAAAUAAUAAUAAUAACAACAAUAAGAAUAAUACAGUUACUGAAUUUCGGCAUCUGUACCAUUCAGGGAAUUUAAUUGUCCAGCCCUUGAAAAGUCUCACAUGUCUCAUCUGCAAUAAAAAAAAAAAAAAAAGA